AUUUCGAAACUUACAAUCAAAUAGCUAUUUCCUGUUUUAAAAACGCGGCAUUUGACAACUCAUUUUGCUGUUAAAAUAUCUAUUUGUAUGAUGGCGGAAACACCAAAUGAAUUCAAAUUAAAGAACCCUCCAACAGAUGGAAUUUCAGCGGCAAAAUUUGGUCCGAAUUCAAGUCAGUUUCUGCUGGUGUCAUCCUGGGACACUUCAGUUCGUCUGUAUGAUGUUGUGGCCAACAAUAUGCGACUCUCUUACCAGCAUCCAGCUCCAGUACUAGACUGCUGCUUUCAUGAUGCUGUACAUUCUUACAGUGGAGGACUGGACAAUACUGUUAUGAUGUUCGACUUUAACACCAAUUCAGGAACUACUGUGGGCACACAUGACUCAGCGGUGAGAUGUGUAGAGUACUGUCCCAGCGUAAAUGUGGUCAUCACAGGAAGCUGGGACUCGACAGUGAAACUAUGGGACCCGCGGACACCUUGUGGGGCAGGCUCCUUCAGCCAACCAGAUAAGGUAUACACCAUGUCAGUUUGUGGUGACCGGCUGGUGGUAGGGACAGCAGGUCGCAGGAUAUUGGUGUGGGAUCUUCGUAACAUGGGCUAUGUUCAGCAGCGAAGGGAAUCCAGCCUCAAGUACCAGACUCGCUGUAUUCGAUGUUUCCCCAACAAACAAGGCUACGUCCUCAGCUCAAUAGAAGGCCGUGUAGCUGUUGAGUACCUUGAUCCCAGCCCUGAGGUACAGAAGAAGAAGUAUGCCUUCAAAUGUCACCGAAUAAAGGAGAACGGAAUUGAAUCUAUCUAUCCAGUCAAUGCAAUAGCAUUUCACACCCAACACAACACUUUCGCUUCUGGAGGCUCUGACGGAUUUGUAAAUAUCUGGGACGGCUUCAACAAGAAACGCCUCUGUCAGUUCCAUAGAUACCCCAAUGGAAUCUCCUCCCUUGCCUUCAGCAAUGAUGGGCAGGCUUUGGCUAUAGCCACAUCUUACAUGUACGAGGCGGACGAGAUCAAGGACAUACCAGAGGAUGCAAUAUAUAUUCGAAAUGUUAGUGACCAGGAAACGAAACCAAAGACCUGAUGGCCUUGGUGCACAAAAAAUAAAGACAUAGGCUGUGUUCAAUUGAAUGUUAAGGGACCCAAACAUGUUUUGCUGCAAUUUACAUUGUAAAAAUGGCUUCAAUGUUGAAUGAAUUUGUUAUAGAAUUUGCACGUUGAGAAGAUUUGUCAUUGUACAUUAAGAGUUAAUAAGAGUACAAUGUUUAUGAUAUAGUACAGAUCAUAGUGCAGUCUAAAUGACCUGUUGAUCUUACUUCACAUUCUGGAGAGCCACAACAAAGACGUCAAGGCCUGUGAAUAGUUACAUGUAGUAGGUCAGUCAGGAUUUAUGCUGGAAAUUUUACAUUUAAAAAUAUAUGAUCCAGAUUGUCUGCAUAAAUGAACAAGUACUUGGCUACUACAGAUGCAGACCCUAUGACAGAAUUUCAGAGAUAUUUUGUAUUAGCAUAGCUUUUUUUAUUGAUCAGUGUUAUAUAGCAGAUGACAUAUCUACACUUGUAUAGACAUUUGUUACAGCAAAACCAAGACUACCAUUAAUAGUUUUCAUUUAAAAUGUAACUUUCCUAUAUAUUAGAAGAUUCAUAGAGCUAUUCCAGUUAGUAAAAUAUAUACACACAUCCUACAAGAGGGCUCCACCAAUUAAAAAUAUUAUGCAUGAUAGGCAGGGGAGACAAUUUUGCUACAUGAUACUGUCCUAAUUAACUUAUAUUGGUGGUAGUAACCUGUUUCCCAUACUUGGAGUCCUCCUGUUGGGUAGAUAUUUUACUGAUCCUAACUUGAAUGAAGGCAGCAGCAGGCAAAACCUAGCAUAUUUGUAUUUUUAGAUUUGGAAGAAUUCUAUGUUAUGUAAACAUGUAUAUUUUACUGUUGGAAAUACAAGUGUACCACAUUUCUCUACUGUUACAGUUAUAGAAUGGUUUGUAAUGUUCAAUUUUAAUGUGAUGUGCUGAAUUCUUGUACAUAGUUCUACUUUUAAUGUAAGUAUAUAAAUGUCGAGCAACAUUUCCUUGACAGUGUCAGAAAUCAAAAUUCCUAUUUAUUAUAAUUAAUUGAUGUUACAAUGACACUAUAGUACUUACAUGCUGAAUGCUAAAAACGUUCUUUAAAACUUUACUGGAUGGGCAUAUGUAUGGAGGUGAAAUUGAUACUUCAUCAAUAUUUUAUUACACAAUUUAGCUGGAACAUCUACCAUUUUUCUGUGACUACUAGCAUCCUCUCCUUUAUUUUUCUCUACACUUGUUUGUGCUUCUGAAGAAAAUUGGUAAAUUAGCAGACAAAUAUAUGCCUGUCAAAUUUGACAGGAAUAUUAUGGUGUGGCAUCAUUCAUCCUGCAUAAACUUUAGUUUGUCCCGAGAUCUCCUACAUUUUCCCACCAAUUGGUUUGAAACUUGGUAUGCAUUAUAAUCAUAUGUAAUUGUGUUUCCCUGAACCACAUUUAUUAUUCAUUAGCUUUUUUUUGUCCAGAGAUCAUCUACAGUUUUCUACCGAUUUCUUUGAAGCUUGGUAGGCUUUACUUGUAAUCAUAUCAAGUUGUGUGGAACGAGUUUAAGACUAAUCACUGAUAACUUGUAUUCCUCAAACUGUAAGAAAAGUAACCACUGACUUAAUUUUUACAUGGAAUGAAAGGGGAGGGUUAUAGCAUGCCACCUAGCCAUUCUUAAGGUGAUGCAAUCUUAUUUCAAAGUAAGGCAGUAUAUGACACUAUAUGGCAUUCCAGUGGUGUACAUGUAUUGUUCUACCCCGCAGUUCUCUUGUUAUUUAAUACGAUUAGUUUGGGAAAGUGUCCCAACAGUAUAUAAUACUUUCCCAACAGUAUAUAAUACUUUCCCAACAGUAUAUAAUACACAUACUUUUGGAUCCAAAUAUAAGCUGUAUUCACAAUUGUCUACAUUCUAUAUACAAUAUGUAUUCUUUUUGUAUUUCCCAAUGAAGCCAUCAUAAUUCCCAAAAUCUUUUAAUCAAAUAUUUUUUAUGUAAGGGCACAGAAUUCAGGAAUCUGUGUUCCCCAAUUUCUGCUAGGUGUAAUCUCUCGGGUAAAAACCACUGGUGUACUACCAAUCACUACACAUCUUUCCUGUCGUACCUUUCUGUUCCUAAAAUCUCUCUUGCUGUGAAAUCUGGGAAGCUUUGUGCUAAUUAUGAUGAAUACAGUCCCUAGUCUAACCUUUAUAAGAGUGAAUUGUGACUACCAUAAAGCUCUUGUACAUUGUAAGAUGUUUGAUAUGUCAUGUAGUACUAAUACCAUGUAUUACAUCGAUAUAUCUAUGUUGUGGUACAUGUACAUAUAACAGAAGCUAAUCUAAAUUGUGAUGUCAGCGUGCGAAACCUCAUACAGUUCCAGUCCAUCUAAAUUCAAGGUCAUUAUUUUUGAUAAUCAAACAUCUAAGCCAAGAUCCUAUUUGUAGGUUGCUCUUUUAUUAGUAAAAGGAUGUUUAACUCACAAUUUGUAUCAUGUCAGGCAUGUAGAUCAGAUUGAAUUAUUAAAUGAGAAUGCAAUGAU